UGCGGAACACCGCAACGGCGUUCCAUGACACUGAAUUCAAAGUUCCCACUGCUUUCCACUGCUGUUAUGAUCCCUUCGACCUAAGUAUUCCUUCUAUAACUGCGUGACGAUAUGCCGCGAGAUCCUUUAAUUGGCCUUGUCGGCAAGCCGUCAUCCGGCAAGUCAACGACGCUGAACAGCUUGACCGAUGCAACAUCAAAAGUUGGAAAUUUUCCCUUCACUACCAUCGACCCUCAACGUGCUGUCGGCUACCUCAAUAUCCCCUGCGCCUGUGCGCGCUUCGACCUCACCUCGCGCUGCAAGCCCAACUACGGCUCCUGCGUCGACGGCAAACGAUCCGUGCCCAUCGAGCUGCUUGACGUCGCGGGCUUAGUUCCGGGGGCGCACCAGGGUCGAGGCUUGGGAAACAAGUUCUUGGACGACUUGCGGCAUGCGGACGCGCUGGUGCACGUCGUUGACGUGAGCGGCACCACGGAUGAGGAGGGGAAGGAGACGAGGGGGUAUGAUCCGAGCAAAGAUAUUGAAUGGUUGCGGAGUGAGAUGGUGCACUGGGUGAAGGGAAAUCUGGUGGAGAAAUGGGGUUCGAUUAAACGGAGACAUAUCGCCGUAAAAGCAACCGCAGUCGAGACAUUACAGAAUCAAUUCUCGGGCUAUGGCAGUAGUAGUAAGGUAGUCGCUCGAUGUCUGGAUCGACUAAACUUGAAGACUCCUUUACAAGACUGGGAUGACGACACUAUCACUCAAGUCGUCAAUGCCUUCAUCGAUGAAAAAUUCCCGACUGUUAUCGCUUUGAAUAAAAUCGACCACCCCGAUUCCGAUAAGAACAUCGCCAAAAUUGCCAAAGCGCAAGAUCCACAAACCCUCGUCCUCACAUCCGCCGUCAGCGAGGUGUUCCUCCGCCGAUUAGCAAAGCAAGGCUUCAUCCGGUACACGGAAGGAAGCGAGUUUGUGGAUACGAGGGAAGAUCUAAUAGAGGCUGGCGACCCCGAUGGCGGAGGGUUGAAGGAGAUGGACGACAAACUCAAAAACCGAAUCGACAACCUUCGAGACCUCGUACUAUACCGUUUCGGCAGCACAGGGGUGGUCGAAGUCCUGUCGCGCGCGGGCGAAUUACUCGGUUUGGUGCCGGUGUAUCCCGUGCGAAAUAUGAAUACCUUCGGCUCGGGAGCCGCCGGUAGCUCGGUCGUGUUCCGAGAUUGCGUAUUGGUCGGCAAGGGAUCAACAGUCGGCGACGUAUACCGAAAGGUAAUGGGGGAUGCCCCGCUCGCGUUCGUGGAGACGGUGGGCGGCGUGCGGGUGUCUGAGGAUGAUGUCGUCGAGAAGGGAAAGAAUGAUAUAUUGUCGUUCAAGGUGGGCAGAGCAUGAUAGAAGAGGGAGAGGGUUGCAAAAUUGUAAUAGAUACCCGAUUUCACCACAUCCGCGAUCCGAACCAGAGUUGCUCGCUGGCCUUUAGGCGUGGCGACCUACUAUGAAUUGAUGGUAAGGUGAGAGAAGGACGUGGGUUUUGUAGUGAUACGAAAAGAGGAGCUACGUCAGCAUCCAACAUCGUUAGCUCUGAUUAUGUCUCAUCCUACCAUGUAGAAACGAUCGUUAGACGGUGCCAAAUCAGGAGACGCCGGUUGCAAUGCAAGUUCAAUA